GUGCCAAUAAAAAUCAAUUAGGUUCAGUGUGCUUUAGAUUCCUGACCUUUUUACUACCGAGAGUGUCGUAGAAGAUUUUUAUUUAAUAUCAAAGGUAAACAAACCCACAGUGCACAGAUAAUAUGAAAUAAGAGACGACAUUGAAAUCAGAUGACCAUGCCCAUACAGCAACGAAACGAAAUGCCUCACAGUCUGACAGUACCUAAUUGACAGUCGGCGUAGAAAGACGCGCGCGAAUUUUUUUCUUGAGGACUUUUUAUCGUUCGGAAACAUUGGUGUCAAUUAGAUUGUUUAUUUUUAAUUGUCUUAAUUUUGUGUGUUAUAAACGAUUUAUGACAACAGUUUUUCUUAUAUUUUCUUAAUUACUUAAGUGAAAAUCAAGUACAAAGUUGCUAUGACUUAAGACAAGUGAAGUGAAGUUACAAUGAAGAACGAAGCAAAGGAGUGGGAGAAGGAAAGACUUAAUCCUAAUGGAUGGUUGUCGGCCCGACCCAGCCAGCAGUUCAAUGUAGUCCGUCGGGUAUAUCAGCAGGAUGUCCUGAACAAGGACGCCGACUACCAAGUACCUGAUAAGCCAUUGAGUUAUCGCUGCAAGAAGGCGGUCCAGAGUUGUGGCUUCGGCGAUUGCCUGCUGAAUUCUGUGCCGAUCGCACGAUGGCUGCCCCGGUACAGUGCCGGCCGCGACCUGGUAGGCGACCUGGUUGCUGGUGCCACCACAGCUGUCAUGCAUAUACCGCAGGGUAUGGCAUAUGCGUUGCUGGCAGAAGUACCGCCCAUCGUGGGCCUGUACAUGGCCUUCUUUCCAGUCCUUAUAUACGUCAUCUUUGGCACCUCGCCGCACGUCUCCAUGGGGACCUUUGCCGUCGCCUGCCUAAUGGCUGGGAAGGUUGUUACUCAAUAUUCGACUCAUCCAGACUACGCUAAUUUAAUGAAUGCGACAGCCAAUGUUACGACAGGUGGUGUUAUAGCAGGUCCCCAGUACACUCCACUACAAGUUCUAAGCAUUGUUUGUCUGUCUGUUGGAUUCUUUCAGGUAAUAAUGUGGAUGUUGCGUCUCGGAGCUGUUUCCACGUUGCUGUCAGAGCCUUUAGUAUCAGGUUUUACGACGGCCGCCUCCUUCCAAGUCCUCUCCUCUCAACUCAAAGAUCUCUUCGGUGUCAAGAUCAGUAAAAUUGGACCGAAUUAUAAAGUUGUUUUGACAGUUAUAGAAGUAGUGAAAAACUUACCGAGCUUGAACUGGGCGGCGGUGAUCAUCUCUGCCAUCACCUGUCUCAUCAUCGCUCUUAAUAACGAAAUCUUGAAGCCGAUAGUAAGCAAGUUGAGUCGAGUGCCAGUUCCCGUGGAGCUGCUGGCGAUCGUUGUGGGCACGCUGGUCUCCAGGUUCGGCAGCCUCAAGGAACAAUUCGGGAUAGCACUAGUGGGAAAUAUACCUACAGGUCUGCCAGUACCCGAGGUGCCGCCAGUAGAGCUGUUCCCGUCUGUAGCACUGGACGCGUUCACGAUCACGAUGGUCACCUAUACUAUAUCAAUGUCCAUGGCUCUAAUAUUCGCUUCCAAAGAGAAAUAUGAAAUCGAUGCGAACCAAGAACUUCUUGCUUUGGGUGCAAGCAACGUGUUUGGUUCUUUCUUCGGGUGCGCACCAAUCUGCGCCAGUCUGUCUCGCUCCUACAUACAGUAUCAAGCGGGCAGCAAGACAGGAGUGACGACAGUGGUGAGCGCGUGUCUGAUCCUGUGCGUGUUGCUGUGGAUAGGACCAUUCUUCGAGCAGCUGCCGCGCUGUGUGCUCGCUUCCAUCAUUGUCGUCUCCCUUAAAGGCAUGUUCAUGCAGGUCAAGGAGUUGCGCAAAUUUUGGCGGCUAAGUAAACUGGACGCGAUUGUUUGGCUCGUCACUUUCCUGACCACUGUUCUCGUCAACAUUGACAUCGGUUUGGCGGCGGGUCUUCUAGCAAGUGUGGGCACGCUGUUCUGCAGGUCUCAGAAGCCCUACACCUGUCUGCUCGGACGCGUACUUGACACGGACCUGUAUCUGGAUACUAAGAGAUACAGAGCUGCGGAAGAGAUCCCCGGCAUAAAAAUCUUCCACUACUGUGGCGGUCUGAACUUCGCCAGCAAGAACUUGUUCCGAUCGACCCUGUUCCGCAAGAUCGGCUACCUGAAGCCCGCGGAAACCACGCAGGAGGAAGACAACCUCACCAAGAGCGAGUCUUUCGAAUGGGACCCUACUAUUGGACAUAGAGUUCAAUGCGUGAUAAUAGAUGCGACGGCACUUUCAUACGUGGACGCGCCAGGUAUCCGCAGCCUGGUGGCGGUGCAACGCGAGCUGGCCGCCAGCAGCAUCACCGUACUCCUGGCUGGAGCUAACGGUCCAGUUUUAGAAAUGAUAGAUCGCUACAAUUCUUUAGAAAGUGAACAAUUGCAGUUAGACACUUUCCCUACAGUACACGACGCAGUUGUUUACUAUAAAAUUUUAACUUCAAGAAAAGAACAGCCUGCUUUGACUAUUGUAUCAUGAUUUUCAAAUCUUUUUAUACAAAUAAAACUGUUUAUAAGAAUAAAUAACAGAUAAACUGUUAUUUCCAAGCGUUAAUAGCAUAUGUUAUGCUAUUUAACGUUAUGUUAUUGCUAAUAGCUUUAACUGUUAUUUAAAAAGUUGAAUGUAAGAUUGUAAAUAACUGUUUAAUUUUGAAUUGAGUUAUUUUUUAGUUUUAAAAAAUAAGCCGUUAUUUUGAAACAGGAAAGUACUUAUUAAACGGAUUUGUACUUUUUUAUAAAUGAAAUAAAGCUCAAUUAUAUAGUAAAAGGGAACAAACAUAAUUAAAAAAUUGAUAAAAUACAAAGACAGCUAAAAACAUUUCAAGCUAAAUACAUAUUUAUAUGUAUACUUAUAUAUUUGUAUAGCAUUACGCUCGAAUAUUUUCAUAGACAAUGGACCUCUUAAUUUUUGGUUUGGAAGGUCAUGCAGUUCUUUUUUUUAUAAUGGACAAUAUAAAUGAAAAUUAAAUUAUUUGAAAUGGUAUAUAACAUUUUUUAUUCGAUAAAAUCAAAGUGAUAUUUCGAUUACUAUUUGUUACUUAAAAUGUACAGUCAGCUGCAUUAAUAUGUAUUUAUAAAGUUGCAGUAACUUGUAGUUGUCUUCGGUUUUAAAAAUAUAUAAGCACGUAUAAAUCGUUAUUCUUCCAACUAUGAAUACUUGGUAUUGGCGAAGACGUGUUUACUUUAUUUUUGUAAUCGAAACAGAAAAACGAGAUUCUACAAAGUGUUGUAAAUCUUACUAAUAUUAUAAAUGUGAAUUUUUAGGUGGAUGGAUAUUUGUUAGUAGGUAUCU